CGUUUGACAGUUUGUUUGUUUUUGUUCAUCUUUAUCCCAAAUGUUUACCGACUGACACCGGGCUCUGGGACGCUGGAAGGUUAAUGAAAAUGGAGGCCAUGGAAGAAGACGGUUUAGACAUAAAAGACGACCAUAACCACAACUAUUGUACGAGUAGCGGCAAAGUGCAGCCGUACGUGAGCAGUCAGCUGGCGGACGUGUCCGCGAUCCCGCUGCCGAUCUGUAGCCCGGUCUGUCCCCCGGGCCUGCAGGCACCCUCUCGGCGGCCCCGGUUGUGGUCCGGUGGCACCGCGGGGUCAAAGUUGGUGGACUCGGACUCCGGCAGCGAGAGCAGCGAAGUGAGUGAGACGGACGGUGCCACAGCCCACGACAAAUUCACCCUUGACUCCACUUCCAAGUUUCUUCUAAAUGCAAUGGCUGAGGAAGACUACAGGAAUAAUCACUGGCCAAAUCUGGAGAAGGCAAUAGAUCGUCUCCUGAUCCAGAAUCCCACAGAGCACAUCUCUGUUUCUUAUGCACAAAUAUACAGUUAUGUCUACAAGUGUGUUUGUCAGCAACAUUCUGAGCUGCUCUACAGCGAUUUGACAUCAAAAGUAACAAAUCAUCUGCAGCAGGUUUUCACCCAUCUACAAAGCAGCCCACCUGAAAACUUCAUUGAGGACUUCAACAUAGCACUGACCCAGUACACAGCAUCUCUUCAGUGUAUCGUUCCAGUGUUUAUGUACUUGAACAAGUUCUACAUUGAAUCAAAACUAAAUAGAGACUUAAAAGAGGAUCUGAUGAAGUUGUUUGCCGAACACGUCGCUGAAAAACAUUUGAGCACACUGAUGCCUCUUCUUAUCAAAGCUCAUUCCAUGCCCUUUCAAGUACAACCAUCAACCAUGGCCAGCGUGGUUAAAGGCCUGUAUAGUGUUCGACCAGGUGAGAUCUCUUUGAUCUUCUCUUACUGGUGUGUCACCACCACCUUCUGCUCUGGAGUGUGGAUCAGACCGUACCUUAUUCAGAUCAGCACACAGGAGGAGCUUGACAUGCAUGUAGAUGGCACCAUCUUAUCACCAUAG